GUGGGGAAAGGGGCGCCCCGCUUCCUCGCCCAGUGCCAGCCUUUGGAAGUUGCCCCCUCGAUUUUUAACCCUUUAGGGGUAAUGGGAAGGACGAGCUGGGGGUUGGGGGAAGGGGACACUGUGGGGCAAACUCCUACUGGGACCGGGGCAAGCAGCUACCCACCCACCCAUCAUUGCGUUCCCCAACCCCCGGAAAUGCGGGGCAGAGCUGGGAGCCCGGAGGCACCCGGGCGGGGGAGGGGGCGACGAACCCGAGAAGGACCCUCUCUACGGACCGCCCCUCUUUCUUGAGGUCGCCCACAAUUUCAAGUUCCCCCCGCCCGGGUUGUUAGUUUCCAUCUGCCGUGGGUGGGGGAGGAGGGCCGCGCCCCCUCCCCCAGACUCGCGCGCGCGCCCCUCCCCUCCGCUCCUGCCAGCACUUUCUGCUCACUUCUGGCGCUGCAAAGCGCCACGCGAUUUAUUCGAUUCGCAUUUUUAAACCAGCGAUUCAGGAGCAGGGCCUAGGGCGAGGGUCUUCCAGCGUUGGAGCCCCGGGAGGCGGGGUGCUCAGUGCAAACCUUGUUCCCUCCGCGAGUGUCGCCUUCAGGCUGUUAUUUGCAAAGAAACGUCUUUUUGACGCAGGGAGAAAUGGCAAAUUUUAAGUACGUCAUUAAUAUGGCGCCAAAAGGUUUUUUUAAGUAUAAGCUUGCUUUUUUUUUUUUUUUAAAGGUUGCGGGGGGCGCCGCCCGGGUCUGGGGAGCGAAGGGGGCGGAGUGUGAGCAGAAAGUGUGAGUGAGAGAGUGGAGGGGCGGGGUAUGUGUGUGAGUGUGUGAAGUGUGAGCAGACCUGAUGGGACUUGCACGGGCGCAGCCGCCGCUCGGGCCCGGCCCUGGGGACAGGGCGGGCUGGGGGCGCCCCAGAGCCCAUGGGGAGUCUGGGCCUGAGGUGCAGGCAGACGGGCAGCCCGGCAGAACACCCUCCCCCAUGAGGCCUGCAACGCUACCUGGACCCGCUUCCGAAGCCAAACAACUGGGCUGGGGGUGGGGCGGGCGGCUGGGGGUGUCAGGAGUGGAGAUCCGAGUGAAUAAGAAAAAAGUGGCUACUCCCCCUCCCUCGCUCCUCCCGCCCGCCCCCACCCCACCCCCACCCCAACACAUUUUUUUUUUUUUUUCUAAAGAGAUCACAAGGAAGUCUUGGUUUAAAAAGAAACAGAAACAUACACAGGGGGAUUGGUGAAUGGUGCCGACCGCGGCCAUCGCAGUUGGAGGCUAUUUUGGAGGGGGGGUGGUGAGUAGCGUCCAUGGAGUUACUUUGCGCCCAUUCCUAGAGGCAAGGGUUUAGGUCCAGAGGGCUGACCGUCCCCAGCAAGGGUGCGGGGCCGGGGACGCCGCGGGCCCGGCCGCCUCCCUCACCGCGACCCCGGAUGGAUGCGCGCCCCCCGCCCGCCCGCGCCGGCCCCAGGAGCUCGGGGUUUCGGGAGCAUCCUUCCCGCGCCGGCCCCCGCCGCGGCGCGUAGUCCAGGGCAGCGCCCCUCGGAAGGGCACCGUGGAGGAAGAUGGAAGAGAAGAGGCGAAAAUACUCCAUCAGCAGCGACAACUCUGACACCACUGACAGUAAGGCCUUCCAUUUGGGGCUCCUACAAGGAAAGCAUUUGAGUCACGUUACAUCUGCUUCACGAUGCUCCAAACUGCCCAGCAGCACCAAGUCGGGCUGGCCCCGGCAGAACGAAAAGAAGCCCUCAGAGGUCUUCCGGACAGACUUGAUCACAGCCAUGAAGAUCCCAGACUCCUGCCAGCUCAGCCCGGAUGACUACUACAUCCUAGCGGACCCAUGGCGACAGGAAUGGGAGAAGGGUGUGCAGGUGCCCGCUGGGGCAGAGGCCAUUCCAGAGCCCGUAGUGAGGAUCCUCCCGCCGCUGGAAGGCCCCCCUACCCAGGUGUCCCCUAGCUGCUCUGAACUUGGCGAGGGCUCCCAGCCUGAUUGGCCUGGGGGUAGCCGCUAUGACCUGGACGAGAUUGAUGCCUACUGGCUGGAGCUCAUCAACUCGGAGCUCAAGGAGAUGGAGAGGCCAGAGCUGGACGAGCUGACACUGGAGCGAGUGCUAGAGGAGCUGGAGACCCUGUGCCACCAGAAUAUGGUACGGGCCAUCGAGACUCAGGAGGGGCUGGGCAUCGAGUAUGAUGAAGACGUUGUCUGUGACGUGUGCCGUUCUCCGGAGGGUGAAGAUGGCAACGAGAUGGUCUUCUGUGACAAAUGCAACGUUUGCGUGCACCAGGCAUGCUAUGGGAUCCUCAAGGUGCCCACGGGCAGCUGGCUGUGCCGGACAUGUGCCCUGGGUGUCCAGCCAAAGUGCCUGCUCUGCCCCAAGCGAGGAGGAGCCUUGAAGCCCACCAGAAGCGGGACCAAGUGGGUGCACGUCAGCUGCGCGCUGUGGAUUCCUGAGGUCAGCAUUGGGUGCCCAGAGAAGAUGGAGCCCAUCACCAAGAUCUCACAUAUCCCCGCCAGCCGCUGGGCUCUGUCCUGCAACCUUUGCAAGGAGUGCACGGGCACCUGCAUCCAGUGUUCCAUGCCUUCCUGCGUCACAGCGUUCCACGUCACAUGCGCCUUUGACCAUGGCCUGGAAAUGCGGACUAUCUUAGCAGACAACGACGAGGUCAAAUUCAAGUCGUUCUGCCAGGAGCACAGUGACGGGGGCCCCAGGGGGGAGCCCACUUCCGACCCCGCAGAGCCCAGCCCAGCUGGCGAGGACCUGGAGAAGGUGACCGUGCGCAAACAGCGGCUGCAGCAACUGGAGGAAGACUUCUACGAGCUGGUGGAGCCCGCCGAGGUGGCUGAGCGGCUGGAGCUGGCUGAGGCGCUGGUGGACUUCAUCUACCAGUACUGGAAGCUGAAGAGGAAAGCCAAUGCCAACCAGCCGCUACUGACCCCCAAGACCGACGAGGUGGACAACCUGGCCCAGCAGGAGCAGGAUGUCCUCUACCGCCGCCUCAAGCUCUUCACACACCUGAGGCAGGACUUGGAGAGGGUUAGAAAUCUGUGCUACAUGGUGACGAGGCGCGAGAGGACGAAGCACGCCAUCUGCAAACUCCAGGAGCAGAUAUUCCACCUGCAGAUGAAACUGAUUGAACAAGACCUGUGUCGAGGCCUGUCCACCUCUUUCCCCAUCGAUGGCACCUUCUUCAACAGCUGGCUGGCUCAGUCAGUACAGAUCACGGCAGAAAACAUGGCCAUGAGCGAGUGGUCACUGAACCAUGGGCACCGUGAAGACCCCGCUCCCGGGCUGCUGUCAGAGGAGCUGCUGCAAGACGAGGAGACACUGCUGAGCUUCAUGCGGGACCCAUCACUGCGCCCCGGGGACCCUGCCAGGAAAGCCCGGGGCCGCACCCGCCUGCCUGCCAAGAAGAAGCCACCACAGGAUGGGCCUGGCUCACGGACCAUUCCAGACAAAUCCCCCAAGAAGCCCUGGGGCCAGGAUGCGGGCUCCGGCAAGGGGGGGCAAGGGCCAGUGGCCCGGAAAGCAACGCGGCGAACGCCUUCCCACCUGCCAUCUAGCCCUGCAGCUGGGGACUGUCCCAUCCCAGCAGCCCCCGAGAGCCCCCCUCUGGGCCCCGAGACCCCGGACGAGGCCGUCCCAAUGGCUGCCGACUCGAAUGUCCAAGUGCCUGGCCCUCCAGUGAGCCCCAAGCCCUUGGGCCGGCUCCGGCUGCCCCGCGAAAACAAGGGAACCCGGAGAUCGCCAGGUGCCAGGCCUGAUGCUGGGACAGGACCGCCCUCUGCUGUGGCCGAGAGGCCCAAGGUCAGCUUACACUUUGACACUGAGACUGAUGGCUACUUCUCUGAUGGGGAGAUGAGUGACUCAGAUGUGGAAGCUGAGGACAGUGGGGUGCAGCAGGCUCCCCGGGAAGCAGGGGCUGAGGAGGUGGUCCGCAUGGGGGUACUGGCCUCCUAAGUCACCCCUACCCCAUCCCGGGCCCUGCCCUGGUCCUCCCAUGAGGCCUCAGCCCAGUCACAACUGCCAUUUCCUAUCUCUGCUGAGUGUCUCAGACCCUUGAGACUGCCACUCUGUUGUGGUUUUAUUUUUAAUAUAGAGAGAGUUUUGAAUUCCACACUGUUGUCUUUCCUCUGUGCUGGCCUAGGACAGUAGGAUUCCUUCCACGGCUCUGGCCGCAAGGACCAUCGCAGGUCCUGGGCACUGUCCUUGUCUUGGCAGCACCCCGCCCCAGCCCACACGGCCUCGGCGGGCUCCUGGCUAGAUGUAGGCAAGGUGAGGAAGAGCCCAGGACUCCAGCCCGCUGCCACUGGGUGACACAGACCGUCGUUUGGGCAUUAUUUCAUGGCAGAUGGGCCAGCCCAGGGCCUGCCCCGCCUUGUCCCCAAAUCCUACUGGGGUCCAUUUGGGGGGUCCUGCUGCACUCCACUGAUCCCCGAGGAAGUCUAAUAAGUGAUACCCAGCCAGAGUCUACUCACUGUCACAAGCACAACGAGCUUAUACAAGAAAGCACUGAGGGGGGCGCAGAGGGCCCGCUGGUUCCAGAGGAACCGCAGCUGUUCCUGAUCAACCCACAUCAUCUGAGGCCUGCCUGCCCACCCCGCGACCCUCUACUCCCUUGCUGCUCCACCCCUGCCAGUGCCCAGCCCGGCGGCUCGGAGAAAGGGUUCCUGGAACUCUUCCUGAGCUGUGCCAUUUACUCAGGGGACUCCCAAACAGCCAGCCGCCAGUGCCGGUGGAGGGCUGCAAGGGAGGGCCAGUGCCCAGACAGGGGCGUGGGGCUCAGACUCCCCCACUUAGAGAAUUGCUCUGGGGCUCCAACGUCCUUCCUUCCUUCGGGGCCAGUCUCGGCCCAAGUCUGGUCACUCCCAGACGACUGACCUGACCAGACCAGACCGUUUGCCUUUUCAAAUUUUCCAGUCCUGCUAAGAGACGAGCUUCUUCCUCAGUUUCCUUUUGGAAACUCCUCCUUCCAACAAGCAGUGGGAUCCCGGGGCCUGGGAUAGGGAUCAAGUCUUGCUGAAUGUUCCUGGUUCCUCUAUCCCUAUGAGCCGUGACCCCCUCUCCUGGCUAUGCCUUCCCUCCCCACCACCGACCCACCUGCCACCUUUUCCGUUUCACCCUCUAGGUCCCAGGUAGUUGCUCUGAAGAGUUUCAGUGGAGAGGCCCCAGGGUGAUAGCUCAGGGAACAAACAAACAAGGAAUUCAGUGAAAACAUGGCUUUUUUUCUUUCAUGAAUUACUCCUGGGUCACUUCCGCCACUGGUGAAGCUAGAACUUCUCCAACAAGAACCUUGCAAAAGUCCAGUGAAUCAGUCGAAUCAUUCUGUGGAUGCCAAAGAAUAUUUUGACCAUAACACAGCACAGCCUGGACCUGACAACUUGUCACUUGGACUUUUUUUUUUUUCUUUUAAUGGAGUUCUUUAGCAACAAAGCGUAGAGAUGUGUUCAUUGCACACACCCAAGGAGACAAGCCCGAGCUCUUGGAAAAGGAUGCUGUUCUGCUGCUGCUCAACUGUUCAAAUUGGGAAGCGGGACUCAGCAUAGGAUUUCAGGUCCGGGGCUGGGUCCACCAUGAGCUUUCCCAAACUCAGACUCACAGAGGGGGCGAAGAAUCCUGACCGCAAAACCAGCAUGGCAAAAGUCUUUACCAUGUGGUUCCCCUGACACAGAUAUACAACCUGCAAAUCAGCGGGAUGGGGAGCAGCGUGGCCACCCACCCCUGACUCCGGAACUUUCAAGGUACGACAGUGGCAUUGUCAUCGACACUCAGUUUCAUGGGAAUUUUAACAAAAUAGGAAGCGAAGAUAGGACUCCGUUCAGAAGAUCAGGCAAAUUGGUCCAGGUGGAAUGGACUCAGGACGGGCUUCCAGGAUUCUGGGCGUUGGGGUGGCACAAGGUACCAUGUAGAGUUGAGUCGGCCUGCCUCCUUGGCAGUCAUGGCCAGUGCAGUGUCCGCACCGGCGCCCCAAUCCCCGUUCUCUGUUUACUGCCUUUGAACAGUCCUCCUUCCCCGUGCUCUGGGUCACAAUCUUGUCUGUACUGGAUUGCCGGGUCUGACCUCGCAGGAAGCCAGGGAACGAGCUUAAAGAACAACCAAAUGCUGCCAGGGGUGGGGGUGGGGUGUCAGGAAUGGCUCAGGCCCAGUAGACUCAGCACUUCCCCCCUCACCCGUUCAUGUGUUCCGAGGCAGAGUCUGGGCUCCCUGGGGGCAGGAGAGAACUGGGCAGAGAAUACAGCAUGUCUGGCCAGGGUCUGGUCUGGGUAGGCCAGGCAGGGGGCAGCCAGCUCUCUUUGGGGGGCCUCUGCCCAGGCCUCUUGAUAUUCUUCUCUGUUGGCUUUUGACUUUGGACUGGACUCUCCCUGGGGCCAUGUCCUGCACAGGGAUCUGUUCGGCCAGCUGGUGAGGGAAGUAGGGGUAGGGGGCCUUCACUCCCAGGCCAGGCCCUAGAGUUAUUCUUGCCGGGCAGCUGUCCACCUUUAGGGCACCCAGCAAGACUACAGAGAGGUCAAGGAUGCUGGUCCCCACCACUGUCAUUUCCUUCAUUAGCCAUAGCCUCUUCACUUACUCUCUGGUCUACUGCUCACCAUGUGGACAGCUUUGCCACCCCUGGUGUUGAGCUUGGAAACAGGGAAGAAAGCAGGAGGCCUUUUGCAGGCCAUAGGCCGAGGCAGAGCCCAUGCUUGACCACAUAUGUCCCCACUCACUGGCCCUCUUCUGGGAGGGAGAAGCUGCUCUGUUACUCAUUCUGUCAUUCCCCAUUUUCCCAGUCCGGGCUGCACAGCUCCACCUUCCCCCUUUUCACAGUGAGAAAAGGAUAAGUUGCAAGGAAAGUAUUUUUAUGGAUCAUAAAUGUAUUUUAAAGUGACUAAGGAGAAGAAAGGUAGAAGGCUUUAUUUUAUUAAAUGAGCUCUCUGACUUUGUGACAGUGUGUGGCAUUUGUAAUAUGAAGGUCUCGAUUUCCUUCGAGAAGCCCCUGAGGUUUCCACACGUGGGUGCCAGGCUAUAGGUGUGUGCCUCUGUACCAGGGCACAUCUCCUGUGUCCUUGUGCAUGCGUGUUUGUGUGUCAUGUAUGGGCACGUUGUGGGACUGACUGGGGCAAUUUCUAGAGAAUCACCUGUGUGCUACUAACAGACGUUGGCAGCAGCUGGACUUGGCAUUUCCUUGCUCAUGGCCAGAUGUGGCCAGCCUCUGCCCAUGCCCGGAGCUCUGCAGAAUGAUCCAGAUGCCUGUCACAAGGCCCUUGGGGAGGCCACUUCCCACACCCCUGGCCCAGCUGGCCACAUUGGCCAAAGAGCCAGGGAUGGAGUCUGGGACUUUUGGUUGUUCUUUAAGGCACUUCCUGCCACCUUGUCCCUCAGACACACAAAACACUCUGUGCUCCGCAAACGACUCGGGGUGGGGGGAUGAUAUGAAUGUCACAGGAGGCGACACCUUCUGUCCUUGUUUCAAAGAAAGUGAUGUGCCAUUUGUUAAUAUACAAGAGAAAUAUUGAAAAUAUAUUGAAAAGAGCAAUUUUAAAUUAUUUUUGGCUUAUGUUGCAAUAUUUAUUUUCUUGUAUUAGAAAAGAUUCCUUUGUAGAGAAAAAAUGUAUUUUUCAUUAACGCAAAGACCUAUUUCUCCUUUUUGUACAUUGUCCACGUUCGCUCCCCUUAACGAGCAAUAGAAUGUAUGGCCGCCUCGCCACGGCCAGUGCCCGCGUGCCCUGCAUGAUUCCGUGUUGCCGCUGCUGCGUAGCUCCCACUCCCAUCCUGUCCUGCUCACUCAUAGGGCUUUCUGGACCCGGGCUCCCACCAGGGCCAGUGUCUCAAGGAGCCCUUUGCACUCCUCGUGUGUUGGCAAACGCAGUUAAUAAAGCAAUGUUUUCUGUG